AUGACAAAAAAGCCAGAAAAGCCAAAAAAUUGGAAAGAAUUUUAUAAUAAUGUAUUGGAAAAUUUUCAUGUAAAAUUCCCAGCAGAAUCAAUAUCAUCAAAAGAAUCAAAAGUACAGAUCCUUGAAUGUGAUUUGGUCGUUAAUCUUUACGAUGUUUUCAAAAAGAAUGAAACGAAUGAAAAGAAUGAAAUGAAUGCAAAUUAUAAAAAUAAUGUAGAGAAUGAGGAGUAUGAAAAGGAUAAAAAGGAUGAGAAGAAUGAAAAGGAUGAGAAGAAUGAAAAGGAUGAGAAUAAUGAAAAGAAUGAGAAUAAUGAAAAGAAUGAGAAUAAUGAAAAGAAUGAGAAUAAUGAAAAGAAUGUGAAUAAUGAAAAGGAUAAGAAGGAUAAAAAGAAUGGAAUUAAUGCAAGCCUUAUUCGUAUUUAUGGUGAUGUAGUUCACCUUUCGAAAAAUCCCAAUCCUCCAGAUAAUCAUUCGGACACGGACAAUCGUCCAGAAAAUCAAUCAGACAAUCAUCCGAACAAUCUAGAAAUUAACUUAUCGAAUCUUCGUUGUGUUAUUUUAAUAGUUGCAAGACGAUUUGAAGUCGAAAAAGGAUGUCGAAUUACUAUUAAUUACAAGAAAGGGACAUAUUUUCAAUUAUUUAUAUAUGCUAAGGAGAUGCCAACAGGACUUGUCGUUAAAAAAGAAAAGGAUUGUCAAUUAUUGAUAGAGACGGAUAACAGUGAAAAUACGGUUAACAGUAAAAAAAAUCAAUUUCAAAUAAAUAGGUCAAUAAAAAAUUGUAGAUUGAUUUCUUUACAUAACGGAGAAUAUAAUGAAAAAUUUGAAGAAAAACUUAUUGACGAUUUUGGAAAAAAAAUUUUAAACAGCAAAAUUGGUAGUUGGACUUUUUAUUAUAGUAAAGACAAAGACAAAGAAGGCAAAGACAAAGAAGGUAAAGACAAAGAAGGCAAAGACAAAGAAGGCAAAGACAAAGAAGGCAAAGACAAAGAUAAACUUAUUACCCGACUUGAGCAGACCAAGGAUAAUUUAAUUACUUUACUUAGAUCUAAAAAAAAACUUAUGACCAUACUUAAAUCUGAAAUGGAUAGCCCUAAAAAUACAGAACUUAAGCUCGGAUUUAUGAUCAGUCCUGAAGAAGAACCCUUAGACGAAACAAAAUUUAAUGACAGUCUUGAAAAAGCAAGAUUUGAAAUGGGUGAUUUAAUUACUUUACUUAGAAAUUCUGAGGGCAGUCCUGAACUUAAGCUCAAAUUUAUGAUCAGUCCUGAAGAAAAACCCUUAGACGAAACAAAUUUUAUUGACCGUCUUGAAAAAUCAAAAACUGAAAUGUGUGAUUUAUUUAAUGACAUUGGCAGAAAAACUAAAGAAAAACUUAUUCUCAGCUUUGAAGAUAAACUUAUGCUCAGUCUUGAAGAAAAACCCUUAGACCAAGCAAUUUUUAAAAGAAAUCCAUUUAUCAAAAUAUUGCGAUUUUCUUUACAAAUCGCAAUCGCUUUAUUUUAUGAUUAUCCCGAUAUUACAGAAUCAAUCCUCACAUGGAUUACGGACAUAACUAAACAAUUGACGCUGAAUGACAAGAAGGAAAAUCCGAAAACGUUAUAUGAUCUACCAAUUCCGCAUAAUCAAUUGAAAGACAAUAAGGACAAUAAGGAAAAUCCGAUUCCGCAUAAUCAAUUGGAAGACAAAAAGGAAAUCGAAUUUGAAGCGGCAAAAAUGGAAUUGGCAAAACACUAUGAAAACCGAUGUUCUGAGAUUAUGAGUUUUGAUCGUAUCGAUAAACAAAAGAUAGAGAAGUUAAAAGAUAACCUAGAAAACCAAAAGGAUACAAUCGGAAUGCAUAAAUUUAUACAAGAAAAUAAAAAAAGGGAUGCCGAUUCAGCACAUCUCUUGAGAAAAGAAACUGAAAGGCUCGUUCAGGAAAGUAAAGCAAAGAAGGCAAAAGCACUCGAGAAUUUCAAUAAAAGCCUUGUCAAGUGGCUGGAGAAUCAAAAAAAUAAGGAAAGAAUAAAAAUAGUCACCAAUACUUGUGCUUUAACUUUCAGCAUUAUUAAAGUUGUUAUCCAACCUGGAUACGUAUUAAAUGCGGUUAAUGAUGCAGAAGAAACACUCAAAUCAGUGCAGAAGGGCAUAUCUGACCUAAUUUUUAAUGGGAAUGAUACUAUUAUUAACGAUUUGAUUGCUAGAAAAAAGGCAGAUAUCGAAAAUGGUUUGAAUAUGGUAAAGAAAGCAAGUAAUGACUUUCAAAAUAGUGUUAAUGAAGAUAAUAUACAUGCAAUUACGGAGGGCACGGAGAAAGAUAUGGACGAUUUAACUGAUAAAGCUAAGGAAAGUGCUGAAAAAGAUCCAAAAAAAAUCUUAUUCAGACGUACUAUGAAACGAAUUAGUGACAGUAUUAAGAAACUGGGUGAACAAUUAAAUUCGCUCGGUAAAGAUAUUGACUGUGUACAAGAUUAUAUAGAUUCUUUAUACAUGUAUAUUGAUUAUAUUGACGCACAAGUUGAUGCAGAGGUCGACGAAAAUAAAAAAUAUGAAAAACUUGCAGAAAUUAAAAAGAAAUUUGAUGCAGGCACUAAAAAACAUGAUCGACUUAAAAAAAUGAUUGAAUCAGAAACUAAAUUACAAAAUGAUGAAUUGAAAAUUUCAUUAUUAGAACACCUCGUCUAUACUAGAUACUGCAUGACGAUAUUCAUGGACAAGUAUCGUCGUGCUUACAAAUAUUGGUCCCUAUCUGAAUCCAAGUUGAAACUCUCAGUUAUAGAAUUUCAUGAAAUCAAUAUUAAUGCAAUGUUCAGAGAUCUUGAUGAAUUUUUAAAUAGUAAACCUCAGCUAAAACGGACUACUUUUGAAUUUAAUGAUUCAGAGACUAUUGCUAAAUUUAAGGAGAAUAAAUCGGCUACUUUUGAAUUUAAUGAUUCAGAGACUAUUGUUAAAUUUAAGGAGGAUAAAUCGGUUGAAAUUAAGAUUGAUCAUGAUAAACAUAAAUUAAAUAAGUACGCUCGUCUAAGGGUUCAUGCAUUUAGAGUAUACUUAGAGGGAGCUGGAAAUGUAGAUGACCAAAUUGCUCUUUAUAUUGGUCAUUCUGACGAAUUUAAAGACAGAGAUAAAGAUGGUCAUACAUAUAUUUUUAAUUUAGAAUCUUCAGAAGGAGGAUUUGAAUCCAAAGAAAGAGGAUUUGAAUAUCGAGUAUAUAAUGAUUAUUCUCCCAAAUUUGAUAUAGACCAAAAAUACAUAGAUCUCGAUAACAUAUAUUAUGAUGAACGAGAUAAAGAUUAUCACUUUACUCCAACUCCAUUUAGUGAAUGGACAAUUAGCCUUUGUAAGAAUGACAAAGGGGAAUAUCCUAAUAUAACCGGAUUAAAAUCAAUUAAUGUUCACUUGAUGACAAACAUUUCAAAUUUUGAUAACUAUUUGCAAGAAUGGUUAGAUAUGCUAGAAGAAGAAAGGCGACGAUUUGAAGAUGAGGACACUAAAGUAGAUAUAGAUAAAAAUGAAUCUCCUGUAAAUGAUACUCAUCUUGUGGUUGACAAUAAUACGAAAUGGGAAUUGGCUACCCUUUCUAAAAAAAUUAGAGUUAAGUAG